GAGAUUGACUGUCAAACUGAGUGGAUGUGCCUUCCUCGUGCUCCUGAUUUUAUACGCUGUUUUGCCGUGUUUUUUCUGGAAUCUCAACAUUUGCAACAGUGGUGCUGCUGAGUUGUUCGUACUGGCUAGUGCGUGCCUUCGAUUAAUAUAAAGCUGCUUCUGUUUAUUCAACAUUUUUGCCGAGAAAGUGUUUGGCUUCGUUUCUGCUCCUGUCACUCAUCAGAUUGUGCUGAGUCAUCGUUAUGCAGUGCUCAACCUGCAAUGCACCCACCGAUAGUGCUAAUUCGGUGUCCUGUGCCGGUGUUUGUGGUUCCAAGCAUCACACCCAUUGCACGGGGUUGUCCCGUGAUUCUACUCGUGAGCUUGGGCGUAAUAAUCAAUUGUUGUGGUUGUGCAAAACAUGUCACGAGUUUCGCAUUGGCACAAAUUCACUUCUCACAAAUCGGCUAUCAAGAGCGAUUUGCUUCCUGAGAUCCUCGCUCUCGUUGAUAAGCGAGCGCUAACACCCAUAUUAGCUAAGCCGUCUGUUAGCAACGCAUCGCGAUCGCACACAUCCACUAAUGUAUCGUCGCUCAAUGCCACAAAUACAUCCAGAACGACUAAAACAGCUUCCGCUCGCCGUACAUUUACUAACUCAACGGAGCUCACUGAUGAUAUCCAAGCUGCGAACGAUACAAACACUGUGGAUGAUUCUGACAACUGUAACCACUACAAUCAUCGUACUAAGCCGACUAGUGAUGUUAGUGCUGGAAACUAUCGAACAAAUACACAAGCAUCUUCUGAUCCUGUUUUGAACCAAAACACCACCAACACGGGCAUAGCCGAGAAAGUAUGGUUAUACUUCACGAACAUCAAAUCGCAUGUCUCGGCUGAUGAUAUGCGUGUGUGGCUUAAAGCUGUGCUACCAACGGACGAUAUUAAUGUUUACCGUCUCACGAAAAAGGGUGUGAACCUGGACUCGAUGUCAUUCAUAUCGUUCAAAGUGAGUGUUCCUAAAUCUCUUAAGGAGCUUGCGCUGCACUCUACUAUUUGGCCAGUUUCACUUACUGUUCGGGAGUUUGUUGCUCGUGGCCUACCAAAGCAACGUGUACAUGAAAGGGCUCGAUUUGACCCUUCUGAGCUUAUUUCGCAUCGUACAAAUAGUGAAAAUUGCUCUUCAGCUGUGCCAAAAACUACCGCUCAUCCGGAUCAUUUUUUGGAACAUCGAUCGCCACCCCCACAGCGCGUGAUUCUAUCACCAUCCCAGAUGACCGAGAUCCUAGAGGCUAUUCAACUGGAGUUUCCUCCCACACCGCCUCAGUUAUCACCGGGGGUGGGGCUUCAAUCACAAUCGAAUCUCAGCAACACGAACCGCUCACCACAGAUCAGCCCGUUUGCCAAACGGAUAGCUCACAAGUAAUAGACCCAUUUGUGAUAUAUUACCAAAAUGUUCGAGGCCUUCGCACCAAAUACAAUGAAUUGCGCCUUUCUGCGAAUGAAUCAGGAUUUGAAAUGCUUGCCCUUACUGAAACCUGGUUAAAUGAAUCGAUUCCAUCCAACAUGGUCCUUGAUAGUGAUGCCUACAACAUAUACCGCUGUGAUCGAAGCAGGUUAAACAACGAACGUUCGCGUGGGGGUGGUGUGCUACUUGCAUGUUCCGUUCGAUAUCCUUCUGUGGCACUUAACAUUAAUCAACCCACGCUUGAAGCUUUAUGUAUACGUGUUUCUUUUUCUAAGUUUCGUCUUUAUGUGGGGAUUGUUUAUGUGCCACCGUAUUUGAGCAGCGACCGCAACUAUUUGGAAUCCCUUUCUGCUUUCAUCAGUGAUGCAUACAUGCAAAUGAAACCGAAUGAUCAUCUUAUCCUUCUGGGUGACUUCAAUCAACCUGCGUUAGAGUGGUCGCUUUCUACUGCAGUAAGGCCAGAUUCAUCUUCAGCUAUAAGACAUUAUGUGCCACAUAUUUCUUCGAAUACAUCCAGUUCCUGCUUUUUGGAUAUGUUAAACCUGCAUGAACUCUAUCAGCUGAACGGGGUGCAUAACCAUUUAAAUCAUUAUUUGGACCUGGUGCUCUCCAACUCUGCUGCAGCUGCAUGUUGUUCUGUGUAUCCUGCUUCGUCACUGCUCCUGCCCCAGGAUGCCCAUCAUCCUGCUCUAGAAAUUGCGUUACCGUCUUCUUUAUUUAGGGCUAGUAGGGUUAUGAAUGUAUUACCUUCUGCUCCUAAUUCAUUG